AUGGUCGCUAAACUUGGCAUCAACGGUUUUGGUCGUAUCGGUCGUUUGGUGUUCCGUGCCUCUUUGGAGAAGGCGGACUUGGAGCCUGUUGCCAUCAACGAGCCUUUCAUGGACCUGGAGUACAUGAUGUACCAGUUGAAGUACGAUACCGUUCAUGGUCGCUUCCCCGGCACCGUGGAGGCCAAGGGCGACAAGCUGGUGGUGAACGGUAAGGAGAUUACUGUGUUCCGGGAGAAGGAGCCAUCCAACAUUGCCUGGGGGUCCGCUAACGUCGACAUCGUUUGCGAGUCCACUGGUAUCUUCACCACCCAGGAGUUGGCCGCCAAGCACCUUGCUGGUGGCGCCAAGAAGGUCAUCAUCUCCGCUCCCCCCAAGGACGCCGUCCCCAUGUUCGUGAUGGGUGUAAACCACACUGAAUAUAAACCGGAGAUUAACGUUCUCUCCAACGCGUCCUGCACUACCAACUGCCUUGCGCCUUUGGCCAAGGUCGUGCACGAAGCCUUCGGCAUUAAGGAAGGUCUCAUGACCACUGUGCACUCCCUCACCGCCAACCAACUCACCGUUGACGGCCCCUCUCGUGGUGGCAAGGACUGGAGAGCUGGAAGAUCCGCUGGCGUCAACAUCAUCCCCUCAUCCACCGGCGCUGCCAAGGCUGUCGGCAAGGUCAUCCCUUCACUCAACGGCAAAUUAACAGGCAUGGCCAUCCGAGUCCCCACCGUCGAUGUCUCCGUCGUCGACUUGACCUGCUCGCUUGAGAAACCCGCCUCCUAUGACGAGAUCAUCGAAGUCAUCAAAAAGGCCGCUGAUGGCCCAAUGAAGGGCGUUCUCGCAUACACCGACCAUGAUGCCGUCUCCAGCGACUUCAUCCAUGACAAGGCCUCCUCCACCGUCGAUAUCAAGGCAGGCAUUUCCCUCAACCCCACCUUCGUCAAGCUCAUCUCCUGGUACGACAACGAGUGGGGCUACUCCAACAGACUCUGCGACCUCGCCGCCCACGUCGGCAAGACUUGUGGCUUCUAA